AUGUCCUUUGUUAAAGAUUUCACCCCAGUAGCUUUGAAAGACACCAAUUUAUUCAAGCCAAUCAAGAUUGGUAACACUGAGUUAUUACACCGUUGUGUUUUACCUCCAUUAACCAGAAUGAGAGCCCACCAUCCAGGUAAUGUUCCAAACAAGGACUGGGCUGUCGAAUACUACGACCAACGUUCCAAGAGAGCCGGUUCUAUGCUUAUUACUGAAGGUGCCUUCACUUGUCCACAAGCUGGUGGUUAUGACAAUGCUCCAGGUAUCUGGUCUCCAGAACAAAUUGAACAAUGGAAGAACAUCUUUGCUAAGAUUCACGAAAACAAAUCUUUCGUUUGGGUUCAAUUAUGGGUUUUAGGUAGACAAUCUUUCGCAGACGUCUUAGCUAGAGAUGGUUUACGUUACGACUCUGCUUCCGACGACAUCUACAUGGAUGAGGAACAAAAGGAAAAGGCCUUGAAGUCUAACAACCCACAACAUGGUAUCACCAAGGAAGAAAUCAAAGAAUACAUCAAGAACUACGUCCAAGCCGCUAAGAACUCCAUUGCAGCUGGUGCCGAUGGUGUUGAAAUCCACAGUGCUAACGGUUACUUAUUGAACCAAUUCUUGGAUCCAAUUUCUAACAAGAGAACUGAUGAAUACGGUGGAUCUAUCGAAAACAGAGCUAGAUUCACUUUAGAAGUUGUCGAUGCUAUUGUCGAUGCCAUUGGUAACGAUAAAGUUGGUAUCAGAUUAUCUCCAUACGGUACCUUUGGUACUAUGUCCGGUGGUGCUGACCCAUCGAUCGUUGCUCAAUACGCUUACGUCUUAGGUGAAUUAGAAAGAAGAGCUAAGGAGGGUAAGCGUUUAGCUUUCGUUCAUUUAGUCGAACCUCGUGUUACUAACCCAUUCUUAACUGAAGGUGAAGGUGCUUACGUCGAUGGUACCAACGACUUUGCCUAUUCCAUCUGGAAGGGUCCAAUUAUCAGAGCUGGUAACUUAGCUUUACACCCUGAGGCUGUUCAAGACAUGGUCGCCGAUGACAGAACUUUGAUCGGUUACGGUAGAUUCUGGAUCUCUAACCCAGAUAUUGUUGACCGUUUAGAAAAGGGUUUACCAUUAAACAAAUAUGACAGAUCUACUUUCUAUGCUAUGACUGAAAAGGGUUACUUAGAUUAUCCAACUUACGAAGAAGCUAUCAAGUUAGGUUAUGACAAGAACUAA